AUGAGUAGUAAGCAACAGAAAACAACAGAAAAGAAGAAACAACAGUUAGUAGACAAUAGCCAACAGCCGGUGGAUAAUAGUCAACAGUCAGUAGAAAAGUCAUCGACUGGAUAUGGACUGACAGUAGUGGUUCUAGCUGGUAUUUUCGGUGGAAUUGUAGCGUUAUCAUUACAACCAAUCCUCAUGAUGUUUUAUUCACAAGUUGGAUUGAUUCAUCCGCAAUCAUCGAAUUUAUUUACCGAAACAACAAUUCCACAAGUGCAAAAUUUGGUUAAACAUCCCAAAACACAAGAGAAUAAUACAUCGCCAGUGUCUUUACAUAAUAUUAAACCGGAAGAGAAUAAUACUCCUUAUUCUGGAAAGAAAACUAGUGCCGAUUUAACGGAAGAUGAUUCGAUUGAGAAUCAAAAUAAACCGAUCAUCAGUAAUGAACAUGUUGCUAUAAAAACGAUAGAAGCGAAUGAGAAAACAAUUCAUGAACAACAACCAAUUCACUUUACUAAGGAGUCUACUAAGCAAGAAGAAAAAGUAUCUGAAACAUCAACAAAAACAACAACCACAGCAAAGAAGAAGGAGAAAAAGAUAGAAAAAGAAAAACCAAAGGUCAAAGAGGAAGAGAUGAAGACAAAAUCGAAUAGAGAUUUCGUUGAACAUUCCAAAACAGAAGAGAAUAAUACACCGCCAACGUCUUUGCAUAAUACUAAACUGAAAGAGAAUACUACUCCAUCUGGAAAGAAAACUGGUGCUGAUUUAACGGAAGACGAAUCGGCUGAAAAUCAAAAUAAACUGAUCAUCAGUAAUGAGCAUGUUGUUAUAAAAACGAUAGAAGUGAAUGCGAAAACAAUUCAUGAACAAGAACCAAUUCACUUUACCAUGGAGUCUGCUAAGCAAGAAGAAAAAGUAUCUGAAACAUCAACAAAAACAACAACCACAAUAAAGAAGAAGGAGAAAAAGAUAGAAAAAGAAAAACCAAAGGUCAAAGUGGAAAAGAUGAAGACAAAGUCGAAUAACGUUGAUGAUUUGCAAUUAGUAGAUGUAACUGGAACACAUAACGAAGUGCCGGAUGAAGUAAAAAAUUUCAAGAAAACAAAAAUAAUUUAUUAUCACAUUAUAAUUUGGCUAUUUGAUGAAUUUCUGUCAAAACAAGAAUGUGAUAAUUUGAUCAAAGUACACAAAGAACACGUCAGCAAAAUGCAACGAAUUGAUCCAAUUAUCUGUUUUGAUAGUAUCAAAACGUUAAGAAAACAUUUAAAUGAUUUAAGACCAAGUGAUAAUAUUGAUGUAACACCAAAUGAUUUUACAAAAGGCACAAUGUGUUUAAAUGCAACUUUUUCUUCAAAAUUAAAAGAAUGGGGUUUGAAAUGGUCGUAUUCAACAGCAUUUUAUCCCGGUGAAUCGCCAUUUUCAGAUUUAUUAGCAAAACGUAUUGAAGAAGGAACAGCAAUGGAUAAAACACAUGGAGGAAAGUUUCAAAUAACAUCUUAUCCAAAAGGUGUUGGUUACAAAGAUCAUCAAGAUUGUACCAUAGGUGGAGGUAAACAAGAUCGUUAUGGAACAUUUUUGGUUUAUUUGAACGAUGUAUUCAAUGGUGGUGAAACCGUCUUUAAAGAAUUGGGUAUCGAUAUCAAACCAAAAGCAGGUCGUGCAUUAGUGUGGAAUAGUAUGAAUGAAAAUGGUGUCUGUGAAGAAACGAGUAUUCAUAGAGCAAACAAUGUUGAAGACGAAGAUGGAAAAUAUAUUCUUCAACGAUGGUAUUAUUAUGAAAAUUUUUUUUCUUUGGGAAAACGACCGCCUGAACCAAAUGAGCCAGAACGAAAAUUGGGUCAAGCAAGAGUAUCAUGUGAUGAAUAUGAUAUGGGAUCUUGUCGAGCAUACGCUCAAGCUGAUGUUGAUUUACAAAGUUUAUUUAACAAAGUAAUAAAGACUGAUAAUGAUCGACGAGAUUUGACCUCGAUCGAACAACGUUUACCACGAUUUCUUGAUUUUGAAAUACCAUCGUAUGAAAACAUCUCUGAUGUAUUUUCCAAAUUUAAAAAUCUUGCUUACUCGUUACCGGGCAAUAUUGCCCGAGAAACCUCAUUGGAAGCAACCAAUGCUUACCAAAUAUUUGGUAGUAUUCGACCAAUAUGGGAGUAUGUGAAGGAUAAUACAUGGCAAUCAAUAUUGAAAGUUUAUACUUUACCACAAAUUUUAGAGAGUUUUCAAUUUAAUAUACCAGAGAAAAUUUUAGAUAAAUUAUUGUCAUUAUCGAGUGAAGAUGAUGUCAUGAAAACAAUUGAAAAUAACAAAAAUGGUCAGGGAUACAAUGAUGAACAAAAAAGUACAUUUGUUAAACAUUAUAUUUCUAAGAUAAAUAAUAAAUUAAAUCCAACAAAUUUUCAUCAAUUAAUAAUCGAAAAUCUUGGUAUGGGACUAGUAGGUUAUUUACCAUUGGAUUUUAUAGUAAAAAAUAAUAUAUUCAAUGAUAAUAAUGUUUUACGAGAUAUAGCAAAUUAUUUACAUUUAAUGUCUCCAUUACAAAAAGAUGCCUUAGCUACAAAAGUUUAUCAUGCAUUAACAUCAGAUUCAACGUCUAGUCUCGUAUCAGAUAGUCCUCCACUAAAUCUUGAAUCAUCUAAAUCAAUAAAUAUCCUAGCCGGUGUGCUAUCAAGUUUAUCUCCUCGACAAGUAAUCAAAGUUGUUGGCAAUAAUAUUGGUUCCUUACUUAAUAGUCAACAAUUAAGAUUGGAUACGUCCUGUACAACUGCUUUGGGUUUAUUGAAUCGUACGAUAGAAGCAAAAAGAAUUGAUCGUAAUUUUAAACCAGAUCCACAACUUUUACACCGUUGGCAAGAAUGCUAUUCUGGCUGUGAUCUUAGUGAUUUAUUAAUAACUAAAAAUGAUAUUAAAGAAUUAUUGAGAAAUCAUCCAAAUCCAGUAGGAUGUGAACGUUUGAUUAAUGAAGUAAAAAAAGAAUAUGAUUUAGAAAAUCGAAUGACGACUGCAAAACUUAGAAGUGUCGCAGAUGUCUUUGGAUCUUUGUAUCGACCUGAUGAAAUUAGUAGUUUAUCCCAAGGUUUGAUGGCCGAUCUAGGAACAGAUGAAACAUUUAUUGAAAAACUUGGUCAACAAGAUUUGGAUCCAAAUGAGGCACGAGCAAUAAUAAAUAAAAUUCCACGUCAUGUACAAGAAAAAUGGAAUAAAAAUAUAUUAGGCAAAUUAGGGAAUUUAAUUCCUGGAUUAGAUGAUAAUAUAAUUACAUAUAUAUUACAAAAACGUGGUAAUUUACCAACAUUAUUCUCCGAACGAAUGAAACCAUUUAUUAGAAAAUUGUCUCCAUCCAAAAUUCGUCUUUUAAUUGAUAAGGCAGGAUCCUAUGCAACAGAAGCAAGUAUUCAUACGUAUAAACCAUUAGUGGUUUCUGACUAUGCAAAAAAAUUUAUCUCAUCAGCUACAUUAAUGAGAAUAAUAAAUCAACCUCCAGAUAUUAUUCGUUUUCUUCGAUUUACACCAGCACAGGCUGCUGGUGUAAUACAAAAUCGAUUUGCUAGUCUAGCAAAUUUUGAUGGUAGUCUACAUUCAUUAUCUCAUAUUGGAAGUUUUCUUAACGGUUUAACCAAAAAUGAAGUGGAAAAAAUUAAACCAGAAGAUUCUCUGCAAGCUGUUCGAUCAGUAUUCGGUUCAAAAGAAAAUAGAAAUAUUGACAAUGCUAUGCAAUCGGGCACACGUUAUGCAUUUGGAAAUGUUUUACAAAAGGGUCUCAAAGAACGAGAACACAGUGAUAAUCCAAAUCAAUAUAUUCAAGGUUUAUUUCGUGAAGAUGAUCUAGUUGAAGAUCUUAAUCCGCAAAUAUUUGCUACAAUGACAAAUGCCGAAUUAGAUGCUGUCAAUCGUUUAAAAUCCGAACAAGCUGACAAAUUUUGGAAGGCUGUUGGUAGUAUUAAUGAACCGGUUUGUUGUUCCUUUGUACAGGAAAAUCGUGUCCGUCUCACUAAUUAUGCUCUCAGCCAUUAUGGUUCAAACACUGGUGAAAUUGAUGUGUCUAAACUUUCUCAAUUGGGACCAUUUUUAACAUCUAGUCUACCUGCAAAAGAUCUCAGACGAAUAACAACCGAUGGAUUAAUGAAUAAACUUGAUUACUUUAAAUCACCGUGUUUUCAACCAUCAAAAGAGCAAGCACAAGCACUCGGUUCACGUUUAAAUAAUGCUUUAAAUGAAGUCGAUGAUAAAUUAAAAUCACUUUAUCUUGAUUUAAUUGGAGAAUUGGCUGUAUAUUUACCUAAUGAAAUAGCAAGUUCAAAGGAAGUAUUAGCAGAGAGAACAAGUUUUCUUGCUAAAUCAAUAGAAAAAUUGAAUGUACGUGAUGAACGAUGUACAUUACCAGAUACGGAUGGAUUUUUGUCUAAAGCCAAGAUUAAUAUAAAAAAGAAUUUGAUCAGUGCAUUUAUUGAUAGCCUAUCACACCGUCAAAGAAGACAAACGGAUAUGAAAAAGAGAAAUUUAACAUGUGAUAAUCUACGAAAAAUUGGCUCAGUCAUUUCUGUGUUAACACCACAACAAAUCGAUAGUAUAGCAAAUGAUCAAUUAUAUCUUUGCAUCGAUCUAUUUGGUAAACAAACGGAUUUUGAAUCAAGAAACGUUUAUAGAAUAGCUCAAAACUACAUUCGGGCGUUGACUGAUCAAAACCGUCAUUUACAUUCAGUAACUCCAACUGAAAUAUUUAAUUUGGGAGAAAUUUUUACUGGUUUUACGCCGUCACAGUUGAACGCAUUAAAAAAUCAGUAUUUCAAAGAUGGAAAUAUUUUAUCGGCUGUUGGUAAUCUACAAAAUUGGAACGCUGAUCAGCUUAAAGUAUUAACUCGUUUUGCCACUGAUGAUUCGUCAAGAUUGUCACCGAUUUUGCUCGAAAAUGGUGGAAAACUUCUUUGCGUGGUUGAUGAUGAAUUACUUCGUCGAACACCGCUAGAAGAUGUCAAAUCAUAUUUAGUAAUAUUAGCUAAUAUUGAUUGUCCUAUUGGUACGAAUUAUUCAGAUAUCAUGUUUGAUGUAACUAAAAAUGCAUAUAAAAAUGAAAUUUAUCAACCACAUAUCUUCGGAUCACUGGGCAAUAUUGCCGCUGGAUUAAAACCUACAGAUGUUAACUUAUUAUCAAAAAAUUUAAUGAAUUUUCUACCAGUCGAAGCGAUAAAAAAACUUCCCAAAGAUGUAAUGCAACAAUUUACUGCCGAACAAUUAGACGGAUUAAAUAUCGAACAAAUUAAAGCAAUUCCGUCAACUGUUUUUAGUGUUUUGGGAGCUAGUCAACAAAACAUUUUGAAUAAAAUUUUGUAUCCAUUCAUAACAUCGGGUAAAAAUCGAUACUGA